UUUCCUUCCUCUACUCCCUCCCUCUGCCUGCCCCUCCCUCCCUGUCUCCCUUCCCUCCCUCCCUCCCUUCUCGACUGGAUCGGUCCGCUGGGGUGCCGGAUCCCCUCACGGUUGAGACGCGCCGAACUCCCAGCAGGAGUCGGCUCUCUGGAGCCUGGUCCCUCCCUUCCCCUUCCCUGCCCCCUUCCCCCACCCCCGACGCGGGCUCCGCGCGGCCGCCGGAGGAACCCCGAGCAGCCAGCCCAGGCCCCUGAGCUGGAGGGAUGGAGAACUCAUCAGCCGCAUCGGCCUCCUCCGAGGCAGGAAGCAGCCGCUCCCAGGAGAUCGAGGAACUGGAGCGCUUCAUUGACAGCUAUGUGCUGGAGUACCAGGUGCAGGGGCUGCUGACGGACAAGACAGAAGGUGACGGCGAGAGCCAGAGGACACAGUCCCACAUCUCCCAGUGGACUGCGGACUGCAGAGAGCAGCUGGACGACGGCUGUUCCUUCCCCAGAGGGCGAGCCCCGCCACAGCAGAAUGGAAACAAAGACAACUCUCUAGACAUGCUGGGCACAGAUAUCUGGGCUGCCAACACCUUUGAUUCCUUCAGUGGUGCCACCUGGGACCUGCAGCCUGAAAAGCUGGACUUCACCCAGUUCCAUCGGAAGGUCCGCCACACACCCAAGCAGUCCCUGCCACACAUCGACAGAGAUGGGUGUGGCAAAGGGAAGCUGGAAGAUGGAGAUGGCAUCAACCUGAAUGACAUUGAGAAGGUCCUCCCAACCUGGCAGGGCUACCACCCGAUGCCCCAUGAAGUGGAGAUCGCACACACCAAGAAGCUGUUUCGGAGGAGGAGAAAUGAUCGAAGACGGCAGCAGAGACCUCCAGGAGGGAGUAAGCCCCAACAGCAUGGUGACCACCAGCCAAGCAGUGCCAAACACAACAGGGACCACCAGAAAUCCUACCAGGGGGGCUCAGGGCCCCACCCCUCAGGGAGGCCCACACACCAUGGCUACAGCCAGAACAGGCGCUGGCACCACGGCAACAUGAAGCACCCACCAGGGGACAAGGGAGAAGCAGGCAGCCACCGCAACGCCAAAGAGACCGCGACCGUCGAGAACCCCAAACUUGAAGAUACCCCCGGGGACACCGGACACAGUGGCCUUGAGCCUACCUGCAUCCCUGACGCCCUGGCCCCAACAGCUUCCGAGAGGCCAGCCCCACAGCCGCCUGGGGGGCCAGAGGCUGAGACCAAGCAUAAAGACAGUGUUCUUCCCGAGCGUCUCGGGGAGCGGCCCAAAAUCACCCUGCUCCAGUCUUCCAAAGACAGGCUGAGGCGAAGACUGAAAGAAAAGGUACCGGAUGAAGUGACGGUCGAGACGAGCAAUCCUCAGCCAAACAAGAUGGACAAGUUGAUGGAGAUCCUGAACAGCAUGAGGAACAACGGCAGUGACGUGGACGCCAAGCUCACCUCCUUCAUGGAGGAGGCCCAGAACUCCACCAACUCCGAGGAGAUGCUGGGGGAGAUCGUGCGGACCAUCUACCAGAAGGCGGUGUCGGACCGCAGCUUUGCCUUCACAGCCGCCAAGCUCUGCGACAAGAUGGCACUCUUCAUGGUCGAGGGGACCAAGUUCCGGAGCUUGCUCCUCAACAUGCUCCAGAAGGACUUCACUGUGCGCGAGGAGCUGCAGCAACAGGAUGUGGAGCGCUGGCUGGGCUUCAUCACCUUCCUGUGUGAGGUGUUUGGCACCAUGAGGAGCAGCACUGGCGAGCCCUUCCGAGUGUUGGUGUGCCCCAUCUACACGUGCCUCAGGGAGCUCUUGCAGUCUCAGGAUGUGAAGGAAGAUGCUGUCCUGUGCUGCUCCAUGGAGCUACAAAGCACAGGCCGGCUGCUGGAGGAGCAGCUGCCUGAGAUGAUGACGGAGCUCCUAGCCAGCGCCCGAGAUAAGAUGCUAUGCCCCUCAGAGUCCAUGCUAACCCGGUCCCUGCUCCUGGAGGUCAUCGAGCUCCACGCCAACAGCUGGAACCCUUUGACGCCCCCCAUCACGCAGUACUACAACAGGACCAUCCAGAAACUGACAGCCUGACAGACAAAGGGGCCUGGCAGGCAGCCCAUAGGCAGCUGGGGCCCUGGUCCACGGGGCCAGAUGGACAGGCGAAAGGACAGGGGUGGCCCUGGCGGGAAAAAGAAAUGAGCAGGGAGGCAGGCAGGCAGCAACAGUGGCCAGUCUGGAACCAGCCGAGGAGGGGAUUGGAUGCCUCGGAAGAGCUCCCCUAUGCAGCCUCCCCAGCCUGAGCAUGUGGCGGCUCGCACCAAGGGACGCAUGUUUCUUUGUCCUGGUGGUCACCCGCCCUUGCUCUCCUGAGCUCUGGUCCUCCCCGCCCCCUGCCUUCCAACCCAUCCCCCCCCCCAGAGCUUUAUGGGAGGAGUCUCUGCCGCCGCUCCUCACUGUCUCCAGCUGCCUUGCAAGCCUCCCACACCUCUGGCCACCGCUUGGGUCAGCCAGGACGGCUGAAGGCUGAAAAAGUGGGUCGAGAUGGCUCUCAUUGUUCCCACGUGCUGUCGGCCGCACUCGCCAACUGGCAGCAGGCAGCGCGUAGCAGAUGUCUGGGAGGACAAAGGCAGGCACGGUCCCCACCAGCCGCCCAUAAUUGACAGCCUUUGUCAGCCCCAGUGGAACUGGGGGAAAAGCUUUUUUGCCCCCCCUCUAACCUUCGUGCUUCUUCCUCUGACCCCCCCCCCCCCCCCCCCCGCCCCGCAGCCUCCAGCCCCAGGGCCUGCUGCUCCCUCAGGCAGAGAAGGGAGCUGGGACUCACAGCUCAACUUGCGCCCUUUUAUUUUAUUUUUUUCAAAAGUCGAUGGCUUUGAAGUCUCUCUUCUCAAUGAACACGCCCUCAAUGUGAUCACACAGUCGUCCCCUCAAGGACCCCCUGAUUAGUGGGAGAUCAAACCCUGCCCCCUCUGGAAAGAAUCUAGCCACAAACAGCUUGUCAGUAGCCAGCUAGUAAUUGGAAACUUCUGCCCCAAUGGGGGUCCCCCCUGGAAUCGUGCGUUCCCGGGGCCCCUGCCCUGCAGUGCCUCUGCUCUUGUCCACUGCUAGCUUCCAAAGGGCUGAUACUGUCUCCUGGACUGCCUUAGGACCUGCCCUGGCCCCCAUCAGGACGAGCAGGGCCAGAACCGAAGCUGGCAAAUGAAAACCAAAUGCAAGUCUUGUUCCAAGGAGCCUCUGGAGGAAGAGCUGCUGCUGGCUUCAUGGGUCUUGGAGCCUCACUCAUGGGCUGUACCUCGCCCUCGCCUCAUCCCAAGCAAGACCUAGAACAGCCUCCGAGGCUGUUAGGGAGAGGGGAAAUCCUUGGGUCAUGACUGGGACAGUUUGGUAGGUGACCAGGCAGCCAGCCAGAUGGAGUUCUUCAGGCUAGAAACAGAGCUAGGAUUUCUUGAAAGGCUUUGGUCCCAGGGAGCAACCCCUUCUAUGAUGGCUAGAGAGGAGGAUACGGCUAAGUCCAAGAGGCUGGUCUCUGGGUGGUACCUGGUGGCUGCUCUGCCUCAUCUCUGGGAAGUGGGAACCCAUGUUUUGAGGAUCCCCCGGAACGUGUCCAAGCCCAGUGGCUUCCCAGUGUUGGAGGCUCUUGAGCAGUGGUUCUCAACCUGUGGGUUGAGACCCCCAAAUGACCCUUUCACAGGGGUUGUGUAUCAGACAUCCUGCGUAUCAGAUAUUUACGUUACAAUUCAUAACAGUAGCAAAAUUACAGUCAUGAAGUAGCAACGAAAAUAAUUUUAUGGUUGGGAGUCACCCCAACAUGAGGACCUGCAUUAGAGGGUCGCAGCAUAGGAAGGUUGAGAACCACUGCUCUUGAGGCUUCCUAGUCAAAUCAGACUGGCUAGAAUGAAAGUGAGGAAGAUCUCUCUUAAUUCUCUCAAGUCUAGAAGAGCAGAAGGGGAAGUGGAGAAGGAAGAGUUCCCUAAUUCGCUCUGGCUGUCCCCAAGUGAAAUCUUCUGGUCCCAAGAUAGGGCCUCUAAAGGUUCUGCUGGGAAGAGGGAAUAGAGGUCAAUGGCCACCCCAGCUUUGAUCUCUUUCCUCUCCCUGUCCUCUUCCCCAUCUUUCUCUUCUCUGCUUCUGGCUGCCUUGUUCCCCAUUCCAGCCCAUAGGCUGAGCCUGGAGCCCAGGGGACGCUACAAGCCCCACAGGUGAUGUUGUGGGAAGAACAGGGCAGAUAAGAUGCACAAAGGAGACGCCAGGGAAAUCGUGCUCUUGUAGAGUUGGGCAGCCCAGGUCCACAGGCACCUGCUCCCUGCAGUUUCAGGGAGCCACAGGUGAGCUUGCACGGGGCCUGCUUCCCAGGUGUCCAUAGGGUGGUGUAUGUGAGUGUGUGCGCAUGCGCACACACGUAUGGACAUAAGCAUCUGCUAAGAAUGAAGCAGGACCAUGAGGAAGAGAGAGGCUGAUGGUGGGGAUUCAAGUCACAGGAGUAGGGGAGGUGUCCUAGACUCCUUACUGGGUUCAUAUACAGGGGCUCCCAAACACUGUGUAGAGGCAGAGACCAUGGCUUUGUGGGUACCGUGGACCUAAAGCAGCUCCUUCUUAAUGGCCUAUUGGGGGUCUUGCCUCAAGAGCAGCCCCUUCGAGGGCCUGGAGGACCAGUAUGAAGAUGCAAGAUAUAAAUAUGUAUACAUAUAUAAAUAUAUUUUUAAUUACACGUUGUGUCCCAGUGGCUCCAGACUUACUGUUUGCCUAGUUGCUUGAAAGCACUUCCCGGCCCAUCCUGAUAUGACACGUCGGCUGUUUGUCUGUCUGUUGUAAAUGCAGAACCCUGCUACUUUUUCAGACAUGGAAAGAAAACCUUUUUUUUUUUUUUAAUUUAUUUUUUAAAGAAACAACAGUAAAGCCUAAAAUCUCCAAGUCUGAGUAGCUUCCUGUGGGAGACUGCUCAGGCAGGAAGUGGGGGAAAUGCAGGCACCCACAGACCCCUGACUUCUCCCCAGGCCAGAGCCGCCUCUGCCGCCAGGGGAACGGCAUAUCAAAGCCCGCUUCUGAAUGAAUGAACGGGAGGCAAAGCUAGGUGUCUGGCUGUCUCCUCUCUCUCGGGCCAUGAUCUGAUGUCGAGCCUUUUCAGGCUCCCCGGCCUGUCAGUACCAGUUGGUCCUUGUUUUCCUCUCAAGGGACCUGCUUGUCACUGGCCUCCUCAUGAACUGGCCAUAUUGCCUAAGCUCUGGGACCACAGCUCCUGCAGAACUCCCAAGCUCCCCUGGACAAGGCCAGGAGCCUCCCCAUCACCCACGGGGAACAUGCGCCCCACCCCACCCCAAAACCGUCUUCAUCCAUGCCUUCUUCCUUAUCCAGUCUGUCAACCUUUACAGUUUGGGGAUCAUCUUGUCUAUCUGUGUAAAUGUAAAUGUUGACCCCGUUGGUAUUUAUUCUAAUUUUUAUUGUAUUUUAUUUUAUUUUGUCUGAAGGGUGGGGGAAGUAUACCACUGGUUGCACCCGGGGCAGUUGCAGGGACGGAGCCCGGACAGCCCAGGAGCCAAGAGAAGCAGCUCCUUGGGGGCCAUUCUAGAUGGCAGACUCUAGUUAACCACCUCCGAGGCUGUUGUCUGGCAUCAGAAGUCAGCCAGCGUUCCUUGUCCCAGACACUCAGGCCUGCCCAUGGCGUGAUGUCCCUCCGCUGCCUGGCACUGUGUUGGGAAACCUGACUGGGUCUUUGAGGAGGUGGGUUGGAGAGAAUGGAACUCUCCUCUGCUUCGGACAUUUGCACCAGAAGAUCUGGCACCUCACCUGAACCAGCUGGGAACCUGACAACAGGACCUACCUCCCUGGAGCAGGGUCUGGAGCUUCCCGCCAAAGCUAUGGGCCAAUCUUGCUCACGCCAUCCCCUUCCCCCCACCCGUAUGUCCUGCUUCCCAGCUGAACCCAAACUACAAGUGGGUUUAAAAAAAAUAAAUACAUAAAUGAUACCAAAACCAAAA